AUGCGAAGCGGGUCGACGGGGGUCGGAGGACACACGGUUCUGACGGGCGGGCGGGCGGGCGGCGAUGAGUAUGGCCGUGUGGCCGGCGGGGUUAGUGUGGAACGCGCGCAGAAGGGGGCCGACCGAAAGAAUGUUUCCACUUCGGAUCCGACUGAGCCGGCCGCCGCCGCUGAUCCGACCGUACCAAACCAGUCUUCAGUAUACGUGCACACACUCGUCCGUUCCGUUUUGCCAUACGUGUGUGCAGCAGUAGUGUUUUACCGCGUGCGUGUGUACACCGUAGUUUUCGGUCCGCCGUAG